AUGCACGCUAUAAACUUGGGAUUACUGUUUGAUGUAAACGGUUCCUGUUUGAUGGCAAUGUGUGUGGAGAACUAUUUUGGUGAGACACCGGAUCUGCAAAGUCAGCUUGACUUGGCCUAUGAGUCCUUCAAGAGAUUCUGCAAAGCUGAAAAAAAUCAUUGCUCCCAGCCUCCCUUCAAAGUACGUCAUGUUGUGAAGAAGCCAGACCGAAUUAUGUUGACUUCCAAGGCCUACAACGGCCGGGUGCUUGUUGAGUGGAUUUCGCGGUGCUCAUCUGACUUUGCGAAGCAAAGACCUCAUGAUCAAAGGUUGUGCCUUUUAGCUUCAUGUGCGUUUCUUGGCUGA